AUGAUGGAAGUUGGUCCACUGGGUCUGUAUCUGACCGAGGCAAGUGCUUCUGCACCAGCUGCCAGUGUGGGUAUUGCCACUGCACAUCCCCUCCCAUCGGCCAAUCCCGUCACCGCUCGCGGACUCACAGCGCUUGCGCGGCCACCACCAGUUGUGGGUCCAAAUACCCCAGGACAAUCGGAUGGAACGAGCAAACUCCAGGAUCAAUCAGUACUGCCAGACUGGGCCAUUCCGUUUUCACAUUGGGAUCAGUCUAGUCCGAUCAGCGAAAACCAGAAAGGCUCAAACAAAGUAGGACAAUAA